AUGGAACUACAAUUAGAGCGAUUCGAAGCCAUUGGCGGAAGUGGAGUCGUCGAGUUUGACCUUCGCGUCCGAAAAUUCAACCACACCACGCACGCCAUAAACGGAACCUUUACCAUUCUUCUAGACCUGGAUGAAACCUACGAGAUUUCGGCAAGCUUUGCGUACAGCACUCUUGGCAACAACCAGUUCAACGAGUACCCGAUGAAGGUACCUCGCAAGACGAUGUGCGACUUCAUGGUCGACCAAUACCUUCGGUGCCAAUACCUCUGGAGGGACUCCACCAACAUGCCGUACCUGGAGGAGGGCACCACCGAGUACUGUCCCUUCCCGGCAGGCGCGUAUUGGAUAAAGGAUAUGGCUCCGGACGCUUCAUGGUGGGAGCAAAACACUCACUCUCAUCGCUGCGGGCCCACGUGGACCGUCAUUAGCACCGAUUCCGGCGCCAAAUGUCGGGGUGGGUUGGAGGUGUAA